AAGUUUUGGCACAAAUAUAGGCUACUUAAAUGACAAUUUGCAAAUUUCAUCACCUGUAAGGUUUGAAUCUGUAACGACAAAUUCUAAACAGAAAAGCUUAGUCAAAAAGAGUUUUCCUUUGUCCUAGAAACAAAAAAGAACAUCAACGAAAUUUUAAUUUCAUCCACAGAUAACAAAAUUGUCUUUUGAUGGGAAAACACAAAAAGUAGGUUCUUAUGAAACUCCAUGUUUCUGAAGAUGUACCUAGGAACAUAAUACAAGAACAGCAAAUAACACAAAUUCUUUGGUUCAAGAAUGUAAUCUGGAAUCAAACAACCUUGUGAUGUACUACUCAUUCUUUCAACAUGCUGAAACUAAAGCAAAAACGAAAGACAGAACAAACUGACACCUAUCUGGUGUUACUUACUUCAGGUACAAGCAUUGCGGACAAACCUUCCAGAGAAGCCAUCAGAAAAAGCAAAAAACUAGCAUUCCAAGAGGAGGACAUUGCCAUUUCACCUUCCAUGUCUUCUGCCCAGCUAGAUGUUCCCAUUAUUAAUCCAACAACCCCAGGUACAACAAAUCCAAACCCGAAUCCUAAUCCGAACCCCCCAACGAUGGAUAUCCCCCCGCCAUCUACCACAGACCCAUUCACGAAUCCUAACCCGAACCCUAGCCCAAACACAAAUCCAAACCCAAACCCGCCCAUGAAUCCUAACCCAAACCCAAACCCGAAUACGAAUCCAAACCCAAACCCAAGCCCGACCAACAAUCAGGGGCCAUCUACUGGAUCUUGGUGUGUAGCCAGCCCCAGUGCUUCACCAACUGCUUUGCAAGUAGCACUGGACUAUGCUUGUGGCUUUGGAGGUGCAGAUUGUGCAACUAUUCAGUCUGGUGCAAGCUGCUAUGAGCCAAACACACUUAAAGACCAUGCUUCCUAUGCUUUCAAUGACUACUACCAAAAGAAUCCAGCUCCCACAAGCUGUGACUUUGGAGGAACAGCACAACUUACUUAUACUGACCCAAGCUCUGGGAGCUGUCACUAUGCAUCAUCAAAAACAUCCCCUACUACACCCCCUGCACAGCCACCCCCUACCCUGCCACCUCCAAGUCCUAGCACAAUGACGCCGGUAAAUCCAUACACCCCAGUUGGACAGAAUGGUUCUGGUUCAGAACCAACAGAUUAUGGUUUAGAGCCAACAGGUACUCCCAAUGGAGCAGAUAACUUAUCAAGCAACAUCCAGUUACUCUUCUCCAUGGCUUCUUUCAUGGUGGCAAUUACAAUAACUCAUUUCUGAACAGAUUGGGCAAGACAUUGUUCACUGGGGCUGCAGGAAGACACUAGUUGUCUCCAUACUUCCAUUGAUUCUAAAGAGGCCGAAUCAUCAUGAGAUGUGAAAAUCCUCAUGGCCUUCAACACAUUAAACUUGCUAUAAUUCAUCCAUUUAUGGCUUUUAGUCCAAGUAGGAAGCCAGUACUUAGUGAAGAACAACAUCCUAAUGUAGCCAAUUCUCUAUUAAAAUAUUUCUGCAGUUAAUAAAUAUUUUAGACACGAUAUCUCGUUUUAGGAUCAUUUCAAUGAAGAGUUAUGUACAAAAUUCGGGAACCGACCCAUUGACAGGA